GGCUGUUCAGAAAAAAAAAAAAUAUAACCUAGAACAAGAAAGUUUGCCAUGCAAUGUUUUCAAAUUUUGUUUAUAAAUUUUCUUUCAUCAUAUAAUUAUUUCAUCUCUUGAUAUAUAUGAAAUAAGUUUAUUAAAAUGCAAGUGUUCGAAAUAGAUAACGUAAAAAUCUACAAUCUCAGCGCUGGGAAAUCUUUGCCUGAUUGGCUGUCAGAGCGCAAGAAAAGAGCACUUUUAAAAAAAAAUGUAGAUCUUCGAAGAAGAAUUGAACUUAUUCAAGAAUUUGACAUGCCUGGUGUUAGUACUUCUCUCCGGGUAUCUAAAGAUGGGCAAUACAUAAUGGCAACUGGAAUUUAUAAACCAAGAAUCAAGUGUUUUGAUGUCAAUAAUCUCUCUUUAAAGUUUGAAAGAUGCUUAGAUUCUGAAGUAGUCACUUUUGAAAUACUGAGUGAUGAUUAUACUAAGAUUGUUUUUUUGCAAUGCGACCGUUAUGUGGAAUUCCAUGUUGGACAUGGUCGUCACUACAGACUGAGAGUACCGCGAUUUGGCAGAGAUAUUGCAUAUCACAAGCCAUCUUGUGACUUAUUUGUUGUUGGUGCUUCUUCUGAGGUGUAUAGGUUAAAUUUAGAAUUAGGACAAUUCUUAGCGCCAUUUGUCUCAAAAGCAUCUGAAAUUAGUUGCUGUGGUGUUAAUGAUGAGCAUGGUCUACUUAUUUGCGGAACAGAUAGUGGACAUGUGGAAGCCUGGGACCCUAGAACAAAAAUAAGACAGGGAAUACUGGAUUGUGCCCUACACUGUACAGAUUCUGAAUAUAAAAAUGAGAGUGUACCUGGUAUUACUGCAUUGAAGUUUGAUGGACCUCUUAGAAUGGGAGUAGGAACAUCAACAGGUCAUGUACUGCUUUAUGAUAUCAGGUCAAGCAAACCCCUCCUGGUGAAAGAUCACAUGAAUGAAAUCCCUAUUAAAAAAAUAGAAUUUCAUAAGCAUCUUGAUUAUGUUUAUUCCAUGGAUUCUACAAUAGUUAAAAUUUGGAAUAAAAAUACUGGCAAACAGUACACUAGUAUUGAAUCAUCCGUCGACUUUAAUGAUUUAUGUGUUGUUCCAAACACUGGUCUUAGUAUGAUGGCAGUCGAGGAUCAAAAAAUGCAAAUUUAUUAUAUCCCAUCUUUAGGCCCAGCUCCAAAGUGGUGUGCAUUCUUAGACAAUUUGACUGAAGAAAUGGAAAGCUCGGCAUCUCAGACGGUCUAUGACGAUUAUAAGUUUGUGACGAAACAAGAGUUAGAGUCAUUGGGGCUGGAUCAUCUACUUGGAACAAAUCUUCUGAGAGCAUAUAUGCAUGGAUAUUUCGUAGAUGUCAGACUAUAUAAGAGAGCAAAAUCAAUAGCUGAUCCAUUCGCAUUUGAGGAAUACAAAAAGCAGAAAAUAAGAGAGAAGAUUCAACAAGAGAGACCGUCGCGCCUCAAAGUCGACGACAAUUUGCCCAAAGUCAACCGGGAACUAGCCUCACGUUUGUUAGAUACUGACAGUCGAAAGAAAAAAGUUUCCAGUAAUCUACUUAAGGAUGACCGAUUCAAGGCUCUCUUUGAAAAUCCUGAUUUCGAAGUUGACAAACAAGCAGAAGAAUAUAGACUGCUCAAUCCAGUGCUUUCAAGGCUCGACAAGCCGAAAGACAAACAAGUAAGAGAAGUGGAAUCCAUGCAGAUUGAUGACCAAGAAGAAAAGGAUUCCGACGUGGAUUUGUAUCAAUCGAGCGAUGAAAGCUCAGACGAGGACAGGUCGUGGGUGAAAGAAGUCAAGAAGCAACAUAGAAUCAUUCGCAACCAACAGCAGGAUAAUAAUGAAGGGGAUUCUGAUAACAACAAUAAAGAGUCUAUUUAUGAAUUUAGUAAAGCGCCAAAAAUUUCCAGUAAUAUUAAAAGUAUCACUAGAGUCAGCAAAGCCAGCUUGGGCGACCGCCUCGCAAAAGAAGGGUUUUCUACUGUUGUGACUGGUACUGGAGGAAAUAGAGAAAUGAAAUUCUCCAUGAGGGGGAAAAAGUCGGAAUUUGACAAACAAAAAAAAAUGAAGAAACAUUAUAUGGAAAGAAAACAAAUAGUUAGAAAAACAGGAUUUUUAACAAAAAAGAAAUUCAAAAAGUCCUAAUGUCGUUAGCGUUUCAUGAUUUGUUAAUUAAUGAUGUUCAAUCAGUGUAUGAAAUUGUUACAGAUUUAUCAGACAAUUCAAUAGUAAAUAAACUUGGUAAUCAAACAUA